AUGGCAUAUUUCGAGGCGGAAAAGGUCCAUUGGCCACCCGAGCCAGCAGUAUGGCCUGGGUCUGACCUCAACGUGGAUUCUGUACGCUUGCUGGGUCGCAAAGGGACAGCGAUUGAGUUCCUACCACGCAGUACUAGGUCACCGUUUAUUGGCGUAUGUUUCACCUGUCAAGGAUACAUCUACCCGCACGGAUAUUCUCGCACACUGUUUGGAGAUGAGCAUACUGGGGCAGACGUGAAGUGGUGGCUCCAUGCAAAAGCUGACACAUUCGUUCAAUUCUUUAACAGAAUCACUGAGGACGUGUCAUCGUUGGAACUCGUCCCUUUGGAAAUCACCCAACAGGAAGUUGCAGCCAUCACAGCGAAAACGCACACGUCAGUGACUUCAGCGGCUGGUAACAGCGGCAACCAGCCAUUGCGCAAUAUUAGUAUUGUUAACUUCCAGAUGGAUUGCAGGUUCUGA